GAAAAAAUAGGAUUCAAAGUUUAAAUGUCAUAGACAGUCCGACUGAGUAGCCGAGGCACCACCCGCGCCCCGCCGCCAAGUCCGGGCGAUUCCUGCGCCGCCCAGGGGAGCAAGCUCCGAGCAUCUUGCGGUGCGGCCACUCCUCGGGGCCAGGAGCUGGGAAGCCAAGUGCGAGAAACCCCCGGACCAGAGCUCAGCCUCUUCCCGCCUACCGAAUCAUCAUGACCCACUUCAACAAGGGCCCUUCCUAUGGGCUCUCGGCCGAAGUCAAGAACAAGAUUGCUUCCAAGUAUGAUCAUCAGGCAGAAGAAGAUCUUCACAAUUGGAUAGAAGAGGUGACCAGCAUGAGCAUUGGCACCAACUUUCAGCUGGGCCUAAAAGAUGGCAUAGUCCUCUGUGAACUCAUAAACAAGCUACAGCCAGGCUCAGUGAAGAAGGUCACUGAGCCCUCAUUAAACUGGCCUCAGUUGGAGAAUAUUGGCAACUUUAUCAAAACUAUUCAGGCUUAUGGUAUGAAGCCACAUGACAUAUUUGAAGCAAAUGAUCUUUUUGAGAAUGGAAACAUGACCCAGGUUCAGACUACGCUGGUGGCCCUAGCAGGUCUGGCUAAAACAAAAGGAUUCCAUACAACCAUUGACAUUGGAGUUAAGCAUGCAGAAAAACAAACAAGAUGUUUUGAUGAAGGAAAAUUAAAAGCUGGCCAAAGUAUAAUUGGUUUGCAGAUGGGCACCAACAAAGGAGCCAGCCAGGCGGGGAUGUUAGCACCGGGUACCCGAAGAGACAUCUACUAUCAGAAGCUAACGUUACAAGCCGUGGACAACUCGACAAUUUCUCUACAGAUGGGUACCAACAAAGUAAAUAUAAUUAAAGGUCUUAAUUCAAUUUACCCAGUAGAAGUCUGGAAAGGAGAGAUGAAUCCAGAAAAUUAAGAGUAGAAAAUUGUU